AACGUGAAGUCAUAUUUUAUCUCAGUGAUGACGCUGCACGUAUUUUUUACUCAUAAACUAUAGCUCACCGUGAACUUUAAAUUUUCGAUGUUAGCUGAUAUAAUGUUAAUAAUAAAUUUGAAGGGAUUAGUAUUUAGUACCAAUAUGGAAACUCUGGUGACCUGGGUAUACCUUCUAUAAAUUUUGAACAAAAGUUCAGUGCAGAAAAAACCCGGAAUAAUGUGACCAUGAAUUAUGCAUAAGCUCAAACUCAACGUCCUCUUCCACCCUUUAAAACAGCCGCCAUUUCUCCACUCCUCCGCUGCUGCAUCCGCCGCCGCGGCCACCACCACCACCAAGUCCUUCAACGCCACCCUCCACCGCCUUUCCUCAGAAGGUGCCCACCAUCAUGCUUUACUCACGUACGACUCCAUGCUCAAGUCCUCUGUACGUCCUGACCCUUUCACUUUCCCCACUCUCCUCAAAGCCUGCAUUUCUCUUGACCUCCUCCCGCACGGUCUUUUGCUACACCAACAUGUGGUCGUUAAUGGGUUUUCUUCUGAUCCUUAUAUUGGCUCUUCCUUAAUCAGUUUUUAUUCCUCUUUUGGGCUUACAGAGCAUGCACACAAAAUGUUUGAUACAAUGCCUGAGAGGAACAUUGUCCCAUGGACGACUCUUAUUGGGUGUUACUCACGAAUUGGUGAUUUUGAGCAUGCCUUUUACCUGUACAAUUCUAUGUUACAUGAAGGAAUAAAGCCGACUUCUGUUACCGUGUUGACUCUGCUUUCUGGAGUAUCAGAGAGCAUUCAUGUGGAGUGUUUGCAUACUUGUAUAGUAAAAUAUGGUUUUAUGGGUCACAUUGCGUUGUUGAAUUGUAUGUUGAAUGUGUAUGGUAAAUGUGGAAGAAUUGAGUAUGCUAGGAAGUUAUUUGAGUGGAUGGACGAAAAAGAUAUUGUUUCUUGGAAUUCUUUGGUUUCAGCGUGUGCUUUAGUGGGGAACACAGAAGAAUUAUUGACGCUUAUGUACAGGAUGAGUUCAGAAAAUUCAUGGCCUGAUCAUCAAACAUAUGGGGCGUUGGUUUCUGCAAUUGCAAAAGAUGGUAGUGCUGAAUUUGGAAAAGUGGUGCAUGGACAGAUAGUUGCUGCUGGAUUUGAAUUAGAUGUGCAUCUUCAGACAUCACUUAUGUUUAUGUAUUUAAAAUGUAGGAACAUGGAUUAUACAUUUAAGAUUUUCGAGCGAGCAAAAGAUAAAGAUGUAGUUUUGUGGACAACUAUCAUCUCAGGACUUGUUCAGAAUGAACGUGCAGAUAGAGCACUUGAAGUGUUUCAAAGCAUGUUGUGUAGUAGAACUGAACCUUCUACAACUACCAUAGCAAGUGCACUUGCAGCUUGUGCUCAAUUAGGUUCAUUGAAAGUAGGAACUUCUAUACAUGGCUAUAUGUUCAGGCAAAGAAUGGCCAUUGACACUGCUGCCCAAAAUUCUCUUAUCACUAUGUAUUCAAAAUGUGGCUAUUUGAAGCAAGCUCUUAUUGUUUUUCAUAUGAUAAAAAACAGAGAUGUGGUCUCCUGGAAUGCAAUUGUUGCCGGGAAUGCCCAGAAUGGGCAUUUAUCAAUGGCAUUGCAUUUGUUUAAUGAAAUGAGGAUAGCUCAUCAAAGACCUGAUUCAGUAACAGUGGUUUGCCUUCUUCAAAUUUGUGCCUCGAUUGGAGCAUAUCAGCAAGGGAAGUGGAUCCACAAUCUUGUUGUAAGGAGCUAUCUUGAACCUUGUGUUAAGAUAGGUACAGCUUUGGUUGAUAUGUACUGCAAAUGUGGUGACUUAGACAGUGCGAGGAAGUGUUUUGACAGGGUCAUAGAACGUGAUCUCAUUUUAUGGAGCACAAUUAUUUCUGGAUAUGGCAGUCAUGGUGAAGGGGAAGCCGCUCUGGCGUUGUAUACGGAGCUUGUGCAAAGUGGUCUUACACCAAACAGUGUUAUUUUCUUAUCUGUUCUUUAUGCAUGUAGUCAUAAUGGACUUGUGGACCAUGGUUUGAACUUGUUUGAUACUAUGGAAAGGGAUUUUAAGAUUGAACCUGAACUCGAACAUUGUGCAUGUAUAGUUGACCUACUUUGUCGAGCUGGUAAGGUGAAAGAUGGAUACAACUUCUAUAAGAUGAAAUUUCCAGAACCAAUGGCCAAUGCUUUGGGUAUAAUUCUCGAUGCUUGCAAAACAAAAGCCCUGGAAGAACUUAGGGAUGUCGUUGCCAAAGAAAUCUCAGAGUUAGAUCAUGAGGACGCUGGAAGGUAUGUACAAUUGGCUCAUAGUUAUGCUUCAAUGGCCCAGUGGGAAGGCGUUGGUAAGACCUGGGUCCAGUUGAGAGAACUUGGGCUCAAAAAGCUUCCUGGUUGGAGUUUUAUUGACUUACACGGAGUAAUAACAACUUUUUUUAUGGGCCAAACCUCUCAUCCUCAGCAGGAAGAUAUAAUGUUGGUUCUGAAGAAUUUGAGUGAGGAGAUCAGUGAAAGGGUAAUCAUGUCUAACACAGAGGAUAUAUCAUAAGCGCCUAUGAACAACAUUUUCUCCGUGCUGUUUUUUCCAUUGCGGAUACUCGACUAAAUGUCAAUUUGUUCAGUAUGUCAUUGUGGUACUAGAUAUUGAACUAGGAAAUAUCCGUUUCAUCUGAGCACAAGCAAGGAUUCCAGGAAGUGUUACAACUACUAACUGCCAAUCCACUGAUGGUGAAGGGGAAGUGAAAUUCAUUGUCAGAAUUGCCAAGGGAGAUCUUGUCAGUGAUAUUCAAUUCCAGUUUUCCUCCUGCCUCCCAAUCCGUUGACUCUUCCUGCAGUCACUCGUCAUUCUAUGCUUGUCGCCUAGGACCUCCUUAAGGGAUCUAAGACUUAUUUUCUAUCAAGGAGCAGUUGGUCUAACUCUAUUAUAUUAGGUAAGCACGUUUCGUCCAUUGUAUCCUGCUAUAUGCUUACCACUCACACUUGAAGAGAAGAAAACCUGCUCUCAGUCUGCUAAUUAGCCAGCAUUGUUGUGUUAUUAUACAUAUGCUCCAUUCCGACCUCCUGUUCUAAGCCAUGUUUCAGUACAACAUAUGCAUACUUCACUGCUACAAGUUGAAAUGGCAGUACAAAUAUUUGAAUUGGAUCUACCAAAUGGGACAAGGUAAUUUCCAAAGAAGCAACCGAACUAGGUUGAUGCACCUAUUAGUGAAAGAACCCGAGGAAACUUGUACCUUAAAUUUUUUGCAGCGAAUCGGGAACAUUUACAUAUUGCCUCAGUUCAUGCGUUUCAAUAGGCGUCUAAAUAGGAAAAGAUUGACAAGUAUUCAGCCCUCUUUAUCUAUGCCAGGGUUCGGAGCCAAGACCCUCUGAUUAAGGGUGAAACACUCCAACCAGUGCAUCAUAACCCAUGUUGGUGCACUCUAUUCAAUUGAUAUUAUAGUCAUUUCAUAUUAUUUUUUUUGAGAUUGUUGAUGUUCAGUAAGAUUUGUUGAUUUUGAAAAACUACAUCCAAAUAUGGCAACGGUUAACAUUAUUCUAUGAUCAAUACAGACAUUUGGGAAACAAUGUCUAUUAAACUGAGUUUAUUUCCUUGCACUUAUAAUUCCAAUCUGGAGUAUGUCACGGUCUAAUUAGCUAGAAGUGGGUCUAUUUUUAUUAAUGAAAGAAGAAACCUUACCAAGCCAAAGAUGUUUUUUCUUUUUCAAUAAAUAAAUAAAUUCCAGUGAAUACGAGAAAUUAGUAGGAAAUGAUUGCAAUAUUAAUUAUACAUCUAUCACUUUCAUCUACUAUUAUUACCUUAAACAGAAUCCCUAAAAGUAAUAUAGAGUGAAUAAUCAUUAUAACCAAUAACAAAAUGACAACAAAUGAUUAAAAAGAUGGUACAUAAUUAUAUCAUUAAUAAUUAUCUAAAAGAAAAUAAUUUAGAAUUUUGUUGGGCUUAAAGCAAAAAAGAGCUGAUUAUUGGUUAUGCAGAUCCUGAAAAACCUCUUAAAGACAUAUAAAACACGGUAAACACAGCACAAAGAUCCUGAAAAACCUCUUUAACAUAUAGACAAACAUAAGCGUUGAAGAAAAGAUCCAAACAUAGAGAGAGAAGAAAAAUGAAUAAACAUGGAAGAAGCAGAUGGAGUGGGAAGCAGGUGAUGUUUGGGGUGUUAAUUAUGGGGUUGUGCAUAACUGCUUAUCAUGUAGUUGGUCCACCCCUCUAUUGGCACUUCUCUCAAUCUAUUUCUUCAUCCACCCAUUAUUCUUGCCCUUCUUGUCCUUGUGAUUGCUCUAAUGAUAAACAAAUUCACUCUUUUCCACAAGGUUUGAAUGCGAGUACUUUCACAGAUUGCAUGGAACAUGAUCUCGGGGUGAGUGAGGAGGAGGAGAGAAACUUCACAGCUCUUUUGACAGAGGAAUUAAAGCAAAUGGAAGGUGAAACAGUGGAAAACCAGAGAAGAGCAGACAUGCAACUGCUUGAAUCCAAAAAGAUGGUGUCCCAAUAUCAAAAGGAGGCAGACAAAUGUACAUCAGGUAUGGGAACUUGUGAAGAAGCUAGAGAAAAGGCUGAAAAUGCUUUAGAAGCACAGAGACAAGUCACUUCUAUGUGGGAGCUCAGAGCACGCCAUCAAGGAUGGAAACAGGAACUUGUUUGAGUCUAGCAAGUGUUCUAGACAAGUUCUUAGUGAAACAAGUAAACUUGAUAGAAAUAUUUAUAUUCGGGUAGUAUGGACAUUUCCCUAAUUUUGCUAACAACACAAAUCAACAAUCCUCGUUUUCUCAAAUUCCAAAUAUAAUGCACUAUGAACCCAAAAAAAAGGAAAUUAAAAAAAAUUCCUAACAUUUUAAGACAGAUAA